AUGUUCUCCUUGUUACGGAGUACAGCUGCAUCUUCAUGUAGCUGCAUAAUCUCCAACGACCUGCUCCGACCAGUGGUCGGCGAAUUUGCGCAACAUAGAGGCAGGAAGCGCGCAUUGAAGCAAACGAUUACUCGUCAGCAGAAGCUGGAGCGGCGUUUGAAAAGGGAAGAAAGAGAAGCGGCAAGGAAGCAAUACACAUUCAUGGAAAGAAUAAAUAUUCGGAGGAUGAAGAACUUACUAUCACCAUCACAGCAGUUUCCUGGUCGACUGAAUCGAGAUGAUGAAGCUGCUUUACCAGACAAACCAUUGACUAACAUAUUCAUUAGGAGUAAGGUCAAGACUCAGUUCUAUUCUGUCGCUGAAGCCCUUGCUGGACAUCGUGAACUGCAACAGCCGGCUAUAUAUAAUCAUCCCAAUGCGCCAUUAAGACUGCGAUUGGAGUUGAAUAUGCAGACAGAAAGACAGACCAAGAUGGUAACAAACUCAGACGAAAUCGUGCCAGUGCCUUUUCCUUUCAAACACAAUGAAAAACGUACCAUAUUGGCUUUUGUCAACGAUCCAAAACUUCAAGAAGUCGCCGUUGAGUCCGGAGCUGAAAUAGCUCUUGGUCAGGAUGUAGUUAAAAAGAUCAUCAAAGGCCAAUUCCGAACUGAUGAUUAUGAUUUCUGCGUUGCUCAUACCGACAUGGCUUCCUACAUUCUACCUCUGAGGGGGAUACUGAGGACCAAGUUCCCUACUAGAUCUAAUGGUGGUCUUGGAGAAGACUUACCGGACCUUGUGCAUAAGUUCAAGAGCGGUGUCAAGCUUUCUAUCAAGGGCGAUCCUGUUUAUCCCAUCUGGGGUUUGUGCGACGCUGUUGUUGGCAGACUCGAUAUGGCAGAUAGUGAGGUCGAAGCAAAUAUUGCUGCUGUCAUAAAGGCUGCAUGUACACAUAGGAAUCCCGCUCUAGGACCUUUCAUAAAUAGAGCACUCCUCAUGACCAUACCCGGCGAAGAACACUAUGCUCUGAAUAUUGACGCUUGGUUACCUGUUCCAUCAGAAGAAGAACUCGAAAAGCUGGAGAAGCGCCGUAACAAAAAAGCUGCGAAGAAAAAGGAGGAGAAGAAGACAGAGGAAAUCGAUGAACCCCUACUGGCUGGUGUUUGACUUUAGGAGCUAUAGUAGUAGAUGUACAUUAGGCAGACUAUGCAAUUAUGUAAUCUUAUUGAUUCAUCGAGAAUUUUUGGUAUGUAUGCUGUUGUUAUGUUCAAAUGCUACACAUAAACAGUUUUUUUUACG